UCGGCAGCGGCUUCUAUACUUAAGAAAGGAUAGGCUGGGUCUGCCUAGGUACUUUAUGGACGUGAGAAUCGAACGUGGAUGCCUGACCUCUGGGGGAGAGACUAAAAUAGUGAUCGGCGAAAAGUGUCAGCCUCAGUGUGCGGAUAUAUCCGAGCGAGCACCGACCGAGCGACCAAGUCCCCAAUCCUCGGCGCGUGAACUUCUGCGGUCUCAUACUGAGCAUUCACACAAUUCAACGCGCGUCGGAUCUGCUUCCAAGGGUUUGUAGCGACACAAAUCCCAAGAUGUUCGCCUUUCGACGCACAAUGGCCGCAAUGGCCCCCCAGGCCUCAUCAGCGCUGAAGCAGGCUGGCAAGGUCGUCUGCAUCGGCCGCAACUACGCUGACCACAUUGCGGAGCUCAACAACAUGAAGCCCAAGCAGCCCUUCUUCUUCCUCAAGCCACCGUCCUCCAUCGUCCUCCCCGGCGAGGGCGCGUGUCUCCGGCCCAAGGGCAUCGUGAUGCACUACGAGGUCGAGCUGGCGCUGGUCAUGGGCAAGCUGGUGCGCGACCUCAAGCCCGACGACACCCAGGGCGCGCUGGCGGCGAUCCAGUCGUACGCCAUCGCCAUUGACAUGACGGCGCGCAACGCGCAGGACGAGGCCAAGAGGAAGGGUCUGCCGUGGGACAUUGCCAAGGGCUUCGACACGUUCCUCCCCAUGAGCCGGGUGAUCCCCAAGGCGGCGAUUGCCGACCCGCAGGACGUCGAGCUCUUCCUGCAGGUCAACGGGGAGACGCGCCAGCAGGGGUCGACGAACCUCAUGAUCUACCGGAUCCCGCGCAUCCUGAGCGACAUCUCCAAGGUCAUGGCGCUGCACCCGGGCGACAUUGUCCUCACGGGGACGCCGGCGGGCGUUGGUCCCGUGCAGCCGGGGGAUGUCAUGAGGGCGGGUGUGCGCGUUGGGGGAAGGGAGAUUGAGGAGGGCAAGAUUGACAUUCCGGUGGAGGAGUCGCCGAGCUCGUACACGUUCCACGAGACGUAGGGGAGGGCUUUUGUGGCACUGUACAUGUACUGGGUAU